AUGGCUCUUUGUGUGUGGUGUUCAAGCUUUGGAGCUUGUUAUGGCAGACAAGGAAGGUCAUAUUGGAGAAAACUCAAAGCUUCCUCUGAUUCUAAUACCACUUUUAAUGUGUUAGAUUAUGGUGCUAAAGGUGAUGGAAAAGCAGAUGAUACUAAGGCAUUUCAACAAGCUUGGGAAGCAGCUUGCAAGGUGGAGGCAUCAUCGUUUUUGGUUCCACAGGGGUCUGUGUUUCUGGUGAAGAUAAUCUCCUUCCAAGGAAGUGCCUGUCAGCCUAACAUCAUUUUUCAGUUGGAUGGAAAAAUCAUAGCACCAACAAGCCCUUCAGCUUGGGGUUCAGGAAUAUUGCAGUGGCUUGAGUUCAAAGAUCUUAAUAAGUUCACAAUCAAAGGCAAAGGAGUAAUUGAUGGCCAAGGCUCUGUCUGGUGGAACGUUGACUCAGGAUUGCCCAGCACAAAACCAACGGCACUAAGGUUCUAUGGAAGCAAUGGUGUAACAGUGACCGGCAUAACAAUUCAGCAGAGUCAACAGACACAUCUCAAGUUUGAUUCAUGCACUAAUGUUCAAGUCUAUGAAUUUACCACUUCUUCACCUGGAGAUAGCCCUAACACUGAUGGCAUUCAUCUUCAGAACUCUCAAGAAGUAGUUAUCUAUAGCAGUACUCUUGCUUGCGGAGAUGAUUGUGUGUCUAUACAAACUGGAUGUUCCAAUGUAUACAUACACGACCUUAAUUGCGGACCUGGCCAUGGGAUUAGUAUUGGAAGUUUGGGGAAAGACAACACAAAAGCCUGCGUUUCUAAUGUCACCGUCAAAGACGUUAUACUCCAAAACACGUUAACUGGUGUCAGAAUCAAGACCUGGCAAGGAGGCUCAGGCUCAGUUCACGACAUUAAAUUCUCAGACAUCCAAGUCUCAGAAGUUGAAACCCCAAUAAUGAUCGAUCAGUAUUACUGUGACAAGAGCAAGUGCGCGAAUGAAUCAUCGGCCGUGGCUGUGUCUGGUGUUGACUAUGUUAACAUCAAAGGGACAUAUUCUAAGGAAGCUGUAAGGUUCGCAUGUAGCGAUGCUGUUCCAUGUACUGGUUUAACGUUGGACACCGUACAGUUACAACCUCAGUCUGCUAAACAAAGUUCUUCAAGCUCAGAUAAUAAUGGGGUUUCAUGUUGGAAGGCAUAUGGAGAGUUGAAGACUAAGACCGUUCCUCCAUUAGAUGAUUGUCUCCAAUCUGGCAACCCGUCGUCUGGCGUCAAUUCUAAUAAAGAUUCUUGCUGAAUUCGUCGUCACUAUUUAUUAAUUUCCUAAAAAUAUGUAGAGUGAAGUUUUAUACUUUAUAUAUAUAGUUGUUAAUGUUAAUUUUUAGAAUUAUACUGGGAUUGCAAUAGUGUGAAAUAUAUAUGUUAUGCUCAUAUUUUCGAUGAAGGAUGUUUAAUUAAAUAGAACCAUAUGUAAAAGGAAAAUUAGCCUUUAGUUUCUGUUAUUCCUCUUGUUGUCUUGUAAGAUUCAUCGAUCUGUCGUAUAUGUAUGGCCUGAUCAUAUGGGAAAUCUGAACUGUGGACAGUCUUUUGUGUAUGAA